AUGGGCCGCCACGGCAAUGCAGAGAAAUCUCUGCAAGAUCAAACCAACAUCUUGCCCAUCGGACAACUAGUUGUUGUUUUCUCGGGCCUCGCCUUUUCAUUGCUCAUAUGCUUCAUUGAUCAGAAUGGUCUCAGCGUCGCUCUCCCGACAAUAAGCAAGGACCUCAAUGCUCAACAAACUAUCUCUUGGGCGGGGACAUCCGCUCUAGUCGCCAACACUGUUUGCACUGUCUUGUACGGUCGACUGUCAGAUAUCUUCGGCCGAAAAAGCGUGUAUCUCAGCGUACUGGGGCUGUUAUCCAUUGCCGAUCUACUAUGUGGAUUGAGUCAAAAUGCCGCCAUGCUUUAUGUCUUCCGCGCGGUGGCAGGCAUAGCUACCGGGGGCAUUACCAAUAUGACGAUGAUCAUCGUUAGUGAUGUUGUGACGCUGCAGGACAGAGGAAAGUAUCAGGGAAUCUUGGGUUCGUGCGUUGGCCUCGGUAAUGUCAUUGGGCCAUUUAUUGCAGCCGCGUUCGUUCAGCAUGCUUCCUGGAGAGACUUCUUCUAUUUGCUUUGUCCAUGGGCAGCGGUGUGUUUAAUUAUUACCUGGUUCCUGCUGCCGAGCAAGAUGCGGCCAGAGUCGAUGAAGAGCCAAGUGAAAAAGAUUGAUUUUUGGGGUAUUCUCACUUCCACCAUCGCCAUUAUAUUCGUCCUAAUUCCUGUCUCGGGGGGCGGUCUUUAUUUCGAAUGGAACUCGCCUAUGGUGAUCAGCAUGUUGGUUAUUGGGGGCUGUUCAUUUAUCGCUUUUUUGUUCAUACAGUGGAAAGUUGCUGUGUUGCCAAUGAUGCCCCUGUCUCUAUUCAAAAGCCCCGUGCUCACAGCACUGUUCGCGCAAAGCUUUCUUCUCGGAGCUGCCUAUCAAUCGUUAUUGUACUAUUUGCCACUGUACUUUCAAAACGGCCGUGGCUGGUCUCCCAUUGAGUCGGCACUUCUCACGAUGCCAAUGGUCCUGCUGCAGUCGUUUGCAUCUAUCGGUUCAGGACAAUACAUGUCGCGGCGAAAUCGCUAUCUGGAGGUCAUCUGCACUGGAUUUGCCUUGUGGACGCUGGGAUCUGGAUUGACACUCUUGUUUGACCAAAACACAUCGAAAGGAGUUAUUUGCGGGGUUGUCAUUGUCGUCGGCGCUGGAAUCGGCUGCACUUUUCAGCCGACACUGGUCGCCAUGCAAGCCCACACCACCAUGUCCAAACGCGCGGUUGUCAUAUCUGUUCGCAACUUCUUCCGAUGUGGCGGCGGCGCUGUUGGCCUGGCUGUCUCCGCUGCGAUAUUGCAAGCCGUACUCAAACAAAACUUGCCCGAAAAUUACCAGUAUCUUUCUCACUCGACAUAUGCCAUUCCGAAACAGGACUCGGUCCCAGCAGCAGACUGGGAUGGUAUUGUGAACGCGUACAUCAAGGCUUCUCAUGCGGUUUUCAUUCUGCAUGUACCCCUGGUGGGGUUGUCUCUGUUAUGCUGUCUGUUCAUUCAAGAUAAAGGAUUGAGUAAGCCCGAGGAAAAGAACUCAGGCACUACCAAGGAGACACAAAACGCGGCCACAGAAUCCACAGCCACCACACAAGUCGAUAUCGAUGUAGAAGCGGGGGAAAUUGGUGAGCAUGAUAUGCCUCAUGCACCGGACCAGCCCAAGAAACAAGAAAACGAAAAGAGACUGGACUGCAACCCAGUGCCCCAAACAACAGAAAAAAGCCAAACAUGA